GUCAUAACGGGGAAAUAAUAAAAAAUCCCCAUAUUUUUUGUUUUGCUCGUUCGUUUGCUUAUAUUUAUAUUUUAUGGAAUUGAUUAAUUACUGAAAGUUCAAGAUGUGUUCGGAAUCAGUGCCGAAGGAAUUUGAAAAGACAACAGAGGUCCUACCUUUUACUAAAUAUGGAUUAUCAUCAAUGGAAGAGUUCCGGAAAGCUGAAGAAGAAGUUCAGCAUCAGGAAUGGCUAAAGAAAGCUGGUCUGACCAGCGAAGACAUAAAGCUUUAUCAAGAAAAUGAAGCAGGACUUCUGGACCAACGAAAGAAGAUCGAAUCUGGAGUCCUAAAAGAUAAAUUGGAAGAAAUAUAUAAUAAAAUCAGCAAUAUGCACAAUGAGAGUAAAAGUGACAGUAUUUCCAAUAAGGAUGAACAGCCAAGCACGUCAUCUGCCCCUGAAAAUCUCAUAGAACGACUGCAGCAGAAGCCUCUAACCUUCUACCCUGAGGGUCACCCCAUGAACGAGCUGAAACAACUAGAAGAGAAUUUAGUCGGUCACAUAAAGACUGAUAUGAUACCAUUGAGUAAAAGGCGCAAACUUCUCCGACGUUUACAAAGAAAGAAAGAAAGGUUACUUCAAAAUAAUCCAUUUAACAUCAGCACUAUACCUAGUACGUCUCGCAUAGAUCAGCCCGGUAGUCUCUGGGAUAUGCGAGAGAUGCCACGUUUGAUUCCUCACACCGUUACCAGUAGGGACCAGGAGGAAAACAUAAUGGGGCCUCAUUUACGGACAAUGUACACUGUGAGAGACAACAAGAUUGUGAGACUUGAACCGGUACAAGCCAAUCAGGAGGAUCAGGCUGACCAAGAUGAGUAUAGGGCAGUGGAUAUUGUGGUACCAGUUAAUGACGCUGAAGCUCAGUUACUGGAGGGAACCAAAAUGUGUCUGGAUGACAUUAAGAAAAUGGAACGAUUUAAGGAUUAUGAGCCUGGAAUACCUUCCAAGGUCCUAUAUUUGAAGAAUAUAGCUCCAGCAGUAACUCAAGAGCAACUAUCACUGUUGUUCAAUCAGUUUGUGUUAGCCAAUGGCGGUCCAGUCGACCUGCGGCUCAUGACUGGCCGUAUGAGAGGGCAGGCUUUUGUGGCUUUUCAAAAUGAGGAGCUCGCAAUCCAAGCACUAGAAGAGAUCAACGGUACCAUUUUGAGCGGCAGACCAGUCAUUGCAGAGUUUGGCAGGAAUACAAACAGGAUUCAAGAUGACCACAGAUAAAUUCCCUAUGUUAUUUCAAUUUUGAAUGUCUUGUAGUAAAGUUGAUUCGACAGGAGAGGGACAUCUUUUGUGGUGUCAACUCCUGAAUUCGAAAAACGCAUAGUGCGUUGCGUUUUUUGUCGUACGACGACAUAUAAAUGUACUACGAGAAGUCGCGCGACGAAAUUCGAUCGAAUCAGUUGCUUGUUGGCUCAAAGUCCUAAGAGGGUCAAGGGCCUAAGGGUAGAUUAAAUAAGGAUAUGCUAAAUUUAUCCUGCCCUAAAAUCUUUGUAACCUUGUUUAACCGACUUCCUAAAUAGGAGGUUCUUAAUCCGGAUGUUAGAUUUUGAUUUGUUGAUGAAGUCUUGUAAUUUCUUGGAAACAGGCGCGUAAGAUAUCUGUAUGUAAAAUUAUUACUAUGCUGAUUGGUAAGAUAUAUCAAUAUUGUGUGAAUGUUAUUAUUCUAUAAGGGAUGUGAGUAAUUAAGGCUAUGAAUACUAUAAAGUAAAAGCUUUUAUUAGGAUUAAAUCCACGCACAAUUAAGUCCAAAUUAGCGCAUUUUUACCCCGAUAAUUAGGUAAUGUUUGUCCGUCUAUUGCUUCUUAGAUCAUAAUACACUGAUUUUAGUGCUGUUUUUUGGCCUAUUGUAUUUAAGAUGUGUGCAUUUUGUGUGCUGAGUGACUAUUUUGAAUAUAGCAAAGCGAUAUUAGUUUAUAUUUUGCGUAGAUAUUUUUGAUUUAUUUGUACUUUAGUACAAAAAUAUAACUAUGAUGAUAGUAUUGCGAUAUUUUAGUUAUAACGACUCAUUUACGAAUACUCAUCUCAGUUUUAUAGCCACUAACUUGCUUUUGGAUCAGUUAAAAUGUUAAUGAGUACUAAAGUCAACAAUGAAUUGUUUGUUGAAAGAUUUAUUUGUGGUAAGCAGCAGAAUAAAGGUUAGUAGUUAUAUAUCGUCGUCAUGGGUCAUAUUACGAAUCAGAUUUUGAAUGCAUCAUAUGCAUAGGGCGAUCGAUGCUUGAACACGUGAUUGUAGUCAUGUUAAAUAACAAAAUAAAUGAAAAUAAUAAAUAAAAAACUUUCCUAAAGAACCUUUUUUUAUUUUCAUUGGGAGAAGGCGCGAGUGCUAAGUUCAGUUUCAGACUCAUUAGUUUAAUCACAAUAGUAUAAGCAAUAGACAAAUGUUUCUUUGGUAAAGUUGAAUGUAGGCAGUCACCAGUCACCCUGCACAGUUUAUUUGUAUAAAUCUGUCUUGCCCAAUAUAAUUACUGUAUCUGUACUGUAAUGGCAUCAUUAUUUGUGGAAAAAAAAUAUGCAAUACUCUAAGUAUGCAUACCAUGGCACAAAAUGAUUGAUUUCUGUCAGUUUGGCAUUGCUAUCUAUAAGAUUAGAAUUCUAUAAAAUUCGAUCCCAUAUAAUUAGGAAUAAGCGUUUUGAUACGAAUUAUUAUUGUGCUGUAGUACUACGUCUUAUGUGUAACAUAAGGUGUUUAAAUGUAUUAUUUCUGUGAAUUUUUAUUCUUGAGAUUCUCGAUUAGGCCUGUGGUUGCGGCGACUUAUGUGUGGUCCUAAUUAUCACAACGAAACAUUAGAUUUUUUUAAUUGUCAGCUAUUCAAAUUAGUAGUAUUAUAAAUUGCAGUGUAAAUAAAAAGACAGUUCUUUUGUCAUUGUAUUGUUUUCUCUGCAGUAAUUAUACUGCUUAUCAGACGAUACCACGAAAAAAUGCGAUAUAUCUCAAUUAUUAACUUAUUAGAUAGUGUUUUGUUUCGUUGUAAUUAAUCCAGAGAAAAAAACCGAGCCGCGGGCGGCUAUCAGCCGUAGCCACAAGCCAUUAGUAUUACAAGUAGUCAUUUUGUGCAAUAUGUAUUAGUGUUUUCAAUUUAUGUAAUAAAAUGUAGUUUGAAAUAAUCACUGAACUGAUUUAGAUAUGUUGAGUGAAAACAGGCACUUAUUUAAUUAAUAUAUUUCUUGUCUUUCAUUACAUUUAAGACUAUAACCUUUGAUUGAAAUAAAAUCUUAUUAGAUGUC